AUGGCUGACUUACUAUCUUCGUUAAUUCUCACACCUCUGGCUAGCAGGACGCCAUCUCCCGACGUCUCGGAUUUGACAUCGUCCCUCCUCAGCUCAUAUCCGCUCCAAAAGACACUCUGGCGCAACCCAUACUAUCCCAUACAUGGCCACAGCCCUCUGCAAGCCGAAUACAUAGUGCCUAAUGCAUUGCCAGAUGAGCGCAAUGGGGAGGCGACAAGUCCCUUGAUGUAUCGAGACUCCUCCACACCACUCUCACAGGAGCCAACGUCGUCCUCAGCCAGCCACGACAGCUUGACUACUGAGGCUUUCGAAUCGCUUGAAGUCGAGCAGGGUGAUACAGGCUAUCGAGGUCCAGCGGCCAAUCUGGUGGCCAGCAGACUACCGCGGGUAGAGGCUGAUAAGAUGGCCCAGCGUCGUGAAAUCGAAGACGUCUACAGCAUACGAAAUAUUUUGAACAAGAAUCGACAAUGGGAAGAUCGCAUGGCGGUUCUGCUGGGUGAAAUGAUGUUGGCAAAUGGUAUCAAUCGACAUCUAGGGGCUAUAGAGGUGGGAUAUUUGCCCGAAGAUGAACACACAAUGGGAAAAGGGACAGUUGGUACAAACGGGCACCGAAGAAUGCACGAAUUCCUGCACAGCAAGGAGAAGAAGAGGAAACGAAGUGUUGAAGACAUUGGAGAUGAGAUCACGGAUGAUAAGAGCACCAAGAGGACGCCGACAGUGCCUCCAUGCAUAUUGAGGAUGCACGCAGAGAAGAAAUAUCGACACUUACCCAGCAGACAUACCGGAUGA